AGUGGAGAGCGAUUUACGGUUCGUUUAAGCACAAUUGAUCUGCUUUCUCCCUACAAACACUCUCCUCUCUUGUAUUUCAUGCUCAAAUUCCUUCAUCCCGCAAAAUCAUGUAUGCUGCAGACGGAUAUAAUCCUAAUUUGGAUAGAUUUAUGGAUUAGAUAGAUCGUUUUCCAGGUUAUAUAUACUUACAGUUCACCAAUUCUGAAGACCCUUUUUUGUUUGAUAAAUGCAAGCAAUUUUGAUUCAUUGAAUCGCAUGCCCAUUUGAAUAAAUUCGACAGGAAAAAGGUUAUAGUUUCGUAUUAUGAUGUCUGGAUUGUGGAGAUGGUGGAAGAUUCGAGAUAUUGUAGUUGCAACAGAAGCAGGAGCAAGAAUUUCCUCCCCAUACACAUCGAAGCGUGGUUUCGUUAAUUGCCUGUUACAUGCCGGCGCCGCCGGUCCGUACAUCCGUCCGAGGUCGUUGACUGGUGUGCAAACACGGUACAAAUGGGAUCACGGCGGUGGUGGUUCUGACGACAGCGGCAGUAGAACACCAACCAUGACGCGGAGGAUUAGAGCAGAAGCUAACUGUCCUCGUUGUUCUAAGCAGAUGAAUCUGGUUUUCUCUAAUAACGGUCAUCUCAUUCCGCCGUCUUCUUCUGCGGAAGAUGAAUCAGAAUCACCGCCUGAUUCUGGUUCUGAUGCCAAUCGUAAAGGCGCUUACCAGGCUGUUAACCUUUGUCCGAAUUGUAAAACUGCUUAUUAUUUCCGGCCGUACAAGAUGUCUCCUCUACAAGGCCGAUUUGUUGAAAUUGGUAGGGUUAAAAAUAGUAAUGUGAAUGGGAAGGAUAAAAGGCAGGCUAAUGAUGAGGAUGAUUUCGGGAACAAACUUAGGGCUUCAUUUUGGGAGACAUUGAGGUCUUAUGGUAGUGAACCACCAGAAAAUUGGACAAAUCCUCCGCCUCCUCCUCCUCCUCUGUCUGGUAAUGGACUGGCAGUGCACACUCCUCCAGUACCUCCAUUUGCACCGGGGAUGAAUGUUGUACGUGCCGGCGGUGGUGGAGAGAAAUAUGGGUGGGGUGGCUCAAAUUUGGGGAAGAAUUUGCCUACUCCUAAGGAGAUUUGUGAGGGACUGGAUAAGUUUGUCAUUGGUCAACGUCGUGCUAAAAAGGUCCUUUCGGUGGCUGUUUAUAACCAUUACAAAAGGAUAUAUCAUGCUUCCUUGCAGAAAGGGCCAGGAGCAGAUCCAGGAACAUCUAGGACUGAAGAUGACGACGACAAUGUAGAUUUAGAAAAAAGCAAUGUACUUUUAAUGGGUCCAACUGGUUCAGGGAAGACAUUACUUGCAAAGACCCUAGCUCGUUUUGUCAAUGUUCCUUUUGUCAUAGCUGAUGCAACAACGUUGACACAGGCUGGUUAUGUUGGUGAUGACGUUGAAUCUAUAUUGUACAAGCUACUUACGGUUGCUGAAUUCAAUGUUCAAGCAGCACAACAAGGGAUGGUUUACAUUGAUGAAGUUGAUAAGAUAACCAAAAAGGCUGAGAGCUUAAACAUUAGCAGAGAUGUGUCUGGUGAGGGUGUUCAGCAAGCUCUGCUUAAGAUGCUGGAAGGAACUAUAGUGAAUGUGCCUGAAAAGGGGGCCAGGAAGCAUCCUCGAGGCGAUAACAUUCAGAUAGAUACGAAAGACAUCCUUUUCGUUUGUGGUGGAGCAUUUAUUGAUUUGGAAAAAACCAUAUCUGAGAGACGGCAGGACUCUUCCAUAGGUUUUGGAGCACCUGUUCGUGCUAACAUGAGAAAUGGUGCAUUCACAAAUGCUGCUGUCACAUCAUCUUUACUUGAAUCUGUCGAGAGUAGUGAUCUUAUAGCUUAUGGACUCAUACCCGAGUUCAUAGGACGAUUUCCUAUUUUAGUAAGUUUGUCGGCUCUAACCGAAGAUCAACUUGUUCAGGUCCUCAUGGAACCAAAGAACGCUCUUGGAAAGCAAUACAAGAAAUUGUUUCAGAUGAACGAUGUCAAGCUACAUUUCUCAGAGAAGGCACAAAGAUUAAUUGCUCAAAAAGCAAUGGCCAAGAACACUGGUGCUAGAGGGUUAAGAGCGAUUCUUGAAACUCUUCUAACCGACUCUAUGUACGAGAUUCCAGAUGCCAAGACUGGAAAUGAUCGAGUUGAUGCUGUUGUGAUUGAUGAAGAAUCAGUUGGCACGGUAGAUUCACCUGGAUGUGGUGGGAAAAUACUCCGAGGGGAUGGUGCAUUAGAAAAUUAUCUUGCAAAGACGAGAUAUAAAGAACAAACGGAAGCGGAUGGACAGCAGUUGGCGGAAGGUGAAGAAGAGAACUCAUCAAAAGCCAUGAGCAUGUAACAUUACCCGUAAACUAGACCUUGUCUCAUUGUUGACUGUGUUGUAAAAACCCGUUCAAAGCGGGUGUAAUUAUAUCUCAAUAUACAACAGAAUAGCCAUCCGAUUCGGGUUUCGGUUGAUAGAGAUGAAAGAGAUACACGAGAAAAAAGAAUGUAACAUUCUUGUUUAAUCUGUACAUUGUACCAAUAAGCUUUGCUAAUGAAGGAUUCACCCAUUUUAAC